UUUAUUUGCAGUUAUGAGAAAAAGGCACAAUUCCGUGGAGCACGAUAAUUGUGCCACUAGCACUGUGGAGAAAGAUUGCCUUUUAAAACACAACCUAAGAGUAGCAGAGAAAAAGAAAGACCAGGACACUUCUUCAGCAGAUUUAGAUUCCGGUGCUACCAUGAAACGAGUCUUUGGGAUCCGUCUGAGGCGAGGUGGAUUCCUGUUCCAUGUCCGGAAGAUGUUUAUGUGGAUACUUAUCCUAUAUGUAGCCAUUCCAUUUCUUGUCAAACUCUGCCCCUCCAUUCAAGCAAAACUAGUCUUCCUCAAUUUUGUGAGAGUGCCAUAUUUUAUAGACUUGAAAAAUCCACAGGCACUAGGUCUGAACCAUACAUGGAACUUUUACUUGCAGCCGGAUGAAGAUGUGAAGAUAGGGGUUUGGCAUACUGUUCCUACAGCUUUAUGGAAAGAUGCACAAGGAAAGGAUCAGACAUGGUACGAAGACAGCCUGGCCUCCAGCUACCCUGUAAUUCUGUACUUACAUGGCAAUGCAGGGACAAGAGGAGGGGAUCAUAGAGUACAACUCUACAAGGUUUUGAGUUCACUGGGUUACCAUGUCUUGGCAUUUGAUUACAGAGGUGAGCAUUAUUCAUACCUAGGGAAUAGAUUCCCAAAAUGUUACAGAAAUAUUUUAAGCUAUGUCAAUGGGUGUGUUGUCCUUCUGUGA